ACACAUGCACAUCCGCAAGACCUCUUCAGAACAGGACCUAGAUUUACACUUAAACAGACUCAAGGACAUUCACGUGGUGCAGCAAUGGGAAGAAACAAAAGACCCCCCAUUGGCCAACACAGACACUGUGAAAAAUGCUUCAGCCGUCGAUGCCAGGCCCCUAUAGAUAUAUCAGUCUCCUGUAUGGUGAUAAACUGUCGGCUUCACUGUGGAGCGGUUUUCCAUAUGUGCAAGGAGGAAGAACACAAACUGCUGUGCCCGCACGAAAAGGUCCCCUGCCUUAAUGCUGAAUAUGGCUGCCCGUUCUCAAUGCUCCGUUUCAAACUCGCUAAGCAUCUGGAGGUCUGUCCAGCAAGCACUGUGAGCUGCUCCAUGGAAUGGAACCGCUGGCCUCUGAUAGAAAAAGAGACCGUUCUCAACGAGAAUGUAAUGAAAGAACCAUACUCAGAGGAGAAUUUAGACCUGUCCAUGACUCUAAGAGACCAAAGAACUCUAUUCAACUCCUUAAAACUGGGACCUCUCUUUCCCGAGUUGAUGGAACAACUAGAAGCCCCUGAAGUUGUAGAUAAAAGUUUCGGACUAGAAGCUGAAGGGGCAGUGGGUGGAGAAUGCCCUGAUAUGUCAUUUUCUGCUCAUGCCAGUGACUUCACAGAUCCCAAGGGGAGGGUAUUUAGUGGGGAAGAAGUUCCUGAGAUGACCCAAGCUGAGCAAGAAGCUUUGGCAAAUGACAAAAGUGUGGCAAACUUGGGCAAGUACAAUGCUUGGGAAAGCAUGUUUAGCAAGGAGAAGCACAGCUGCAAGCACGCUGAAAACUCUGCAGAGACACAGGAGACAACCAGCAGCCAGAAGAAUGGAAACAAAAAGGCUAAUGCUGAGGAACAUUUAAAUCAUGAUAAAUCUGGUCUGGCACCUUGGCAGGAUGGAGUUUUGGAGAGACUGAGCAGCGAGGUCGCUUCAAAGGACUUCAACAUGUAUCUGGUGCACCAUGGAAGAAUGCUAAUUCGCUUUGGACAGAUUAGUGCCUGUACCCCAAGAGAGAAAGACUUUGUAUAUGGAAGCCUGGAACCCAUACCUGUCCAGACUCUCCAUUCAUUUAAGGUUCCCACCAGCUACCGGGCCAUAAGGAAUCGCGUUGGGGAUUCAAUAAAAGAAAAGAAAGAAGAAAGCAAGGGGAUAGACACCUCUGAUUUAGGUGUCUCGGAUGAUGAUAUACCAAAAUGUGAUGUGGUUAUGGCUACAUUGGUUUGCUCAUUGGAAAAAGAAUUAAAAGGCAAAUUCAUCUCGGAAACCUUAUCAGAUGAUGGAAUAAGUAUAAACAUUGGGACACAGACCUAUUUAUUUGAAUCCACACCAUUUAAGACCAGUGCUUCAUUGGCUGACGUUACAGCAGAAAGCAACCCGUGCCUCAAGUUUCAUCUUCAAGCUGAGAGCGUGACUACGAGGCACAACAAAUCCUGCUCCGCGUUCACUUUCUUGUGCCACCACUUCUUCAGACGCGACGAGUUUGCUUCACACUUCAAGAACGUCCAUGCGGAUAUCCAGUCUAGUCUGAGCGGCUGGUUCGAGCAGCGUUGCCCUCUGUCCUACCUCGGGUGCACCUACAGCCAAAGGAAGUUCCGUCCUGCCAGACAGAAGGCUAAAGUUACCUACAGUCAGGAACUCAGCACAUUCACCAUCAAGCCAGAGGUUUCCCCUUUACUCUUCGAGAGUGUGAAAACUAAUCCUGCAAGAAAGUCUCUGAGCAGCCUGCCCUUUGAGAUGCUGCAGCACAUUGCUGGGUUUUUGGAUAGCUUGGCUUUGUCCCAGCUAGCCCAGGUCUCUCCGUACAUGAGGGAAGUCUGUUCCACACUGCUUCAGGAGCGAGGUAUGGUCAGUCUGAAAUGGGAAAAGAAAACAUACUCACACGGAGGAUCUUCCUGGAGAGCAAGGAAGAAGGUCUGGCAGUUCAGUUGUCUAUUUUCCACUGUAGACAGCUGGUGCUUUGAUGACAUUCCCUCCAUGUCUGAGCACCUGAAGGUCUGCCCUUUCUAUGUGACUGAACAGAAGAGUGAGCCUGUCCCCCUGGCCAGCAUGUGUGGGACCAAAGAACAAUCACAAGAGAGGAGCACCCUGGUAUCCAUGUUUCUACCAAAGCCGUGAGAGCGAGGGUGACCAGGGGUAAAGGAGGGGAUCGUUCCCACUCAACUUCAGUGCUGUUAUUUGAUGUCUGUUUUAUUAAUGAAAUAGAGUUUGCUAUUCAGUUCUAUUCAACAUUUUGAUGAAUAUCAAAUUCAGUAAGCAAAUUGUGUGGUACAGAUUUGUGAAUAGGGCCCAGUAUGACAGAUGAAGCUAUUGUUGUGGUUGUUGUUUCUUUAAGAUGAGAUUGAAAUUUCUUACGAGAAACAAUACUCACUAUGACGUUUAUUCCCCUAACAUCUGCCAAUUUUGCAAAAACUGUUGAAAAUCAAUUGUGUAUACAUGUAAAUGAACAUGUAAAGCAGCAUGCAGACAAAAGCAUAGAGAAACAGAAAGGAAUAUGAUACAAGUAUGAAACUAUCAUGUUUGGAAUUACCCAGGCACUGCCAGGUGUCUAUGGAAAAUGCAGACAAAAUGCAAAAAGAUUACAUACCAGCACUGUACUUUAUUUUUGUGAACGCACCUCUUUGCUUUAUAUGAAGGGUUCUUCUGUGCUACUGCAAAUUGUGGCACAUAAUUAUUUUUUAUUUGUAACACUAUGAUUUACAGUUUUGAUGCAGUUCCUACUUGCAUCCACAAGAGGGGGACACGCUACAGUAUUGCCUAAUCACUACAAAGGAAUUGGAAAGGAUCACCAGAACAUUCUUAACAGAUGUGGAAGAAGAUGUAUUUCAUUUAUAUAUAAAUACAGUUCAAAAACGGUU